UCAAUAAUUCGACUAACGUCAUUGGUAUGCUUACAUACUAAAACCGUUUGAGUUAUCGAAAACGGAAAAACCUGUGGCGACUCAUCAUUAACAAUAUGUCUUCUCAACGGAACGGCUCAGUCCGUUUUCUACUGUUGGUGAUAUUACUUUUUGGCCAACAACAACAAAAUGCUGACGCUUUCAAUUCAAUGUCUAAGGAAAAUAUUUUUGCCGAUGUUCUACUUACCGAACUUCUUAAUCGCAUGGAUAAAGACAUCGAUCCGGUACAAAACUAUUUCGAUUUGAUGGGUGAUGUACCAAAAAAUGUUGACUUGCUGUCGCGCUCCUCAAAGAAUAUCAACACUGGUCCCGAUGAGUAUGAAUAUCGUGCUAUAUUUGGUUCGCAUCCAUCGAUACGCGAUCAGGAAUACAUGCAACACAGUUCGUUGUGGGGUCAUCAAUAUAUAAAUGGCGGUAUGGGUGAAAUGCCAAAUCGUUUCCCAUCGAUCAAGACGGACGCUACAUUACCAGCAUAUUGCAAUCCACCGAAUCCCUGUCCGUACGGCUAUGAGGAGAGUCAAGGUUGUAUAUCGGAUUUUGAGAAUACGGCCAUAUUUAGUCGCGAAUUUCAAGCCGCCCAAGAGUGCACCUGUGACAGUGAGCAUAUGUUUGAUUGCGGUGCACAGGAUAGCAAUGGUAGUGCCAAUGAAAUGACUUCGACAAUGGAGAAAUUCUUGAUGCAUCAAUUUCAAAAUGAAAAUGGCAUUGAUAACCCGAAUGCUAUUGUGAAGAAGUUCUACGGCUUUGCCACUGGACAUGGCGGUGCUGAUAAUCCGUUUUUGGAAGGUGAGCGACUUCCCAUAGCCGCUAAGAAGGGUGAUAAUAUAAGUGGUUAGGCUUGAGUAUGAUAACGGUUAAUUGUUGUUCAUAAAUGUUGACAUACAUACAUAAAGUGUGAAAGUGUUUAGCUAUGCACUUAUAAAUUUAAUGCCAAGCGAAAGAACAUAAAAUAUUGGUAUUUGCACACAUUCAUUUUACCUACAUGCAGAAGAAAAAACAUUGUGGUAUACAUAUUUACAUAUUAUUAUUUGACCUAUCUAAAUGUAUACAGUCUAUUUAACCAAAUACACUUUAUUUGCAAAUACAAAACAAAUAUACUAAAUUAAUCCAUUUGGCAAAAUUCAAAAAUCUAUUACGAGUAUAUACCGUUGGGUUAGCUAACAUAUAGGCGCGGCUGGUUCCAAACAAGAGCAGUCUUCGCUUGUGAGCGCUCAUAUGAAAGGAGUUACAAACAUAUAUGUAUAUUCAAACAUUGUUCAAUACAUACUCAUAUCUACAUAUAUAUACAUUAUAGAAAUACAACUGUACAAAAACAUAUUUAGGCAUCUCGUAUUUGAAUGUUCAAACAACAAAACAUAAGCAUAGUGGAAUAUAAGCUCGCUGCCCUCAAGAGUUUAGUGAAAUAUAAAAGAAUUUAUUUGUUGUAACUUCCUUUGAGUUGAUAAUCCAGGACAUCUAAAGGGGAAUUCGUUACAAGUAUUUGACUAAAAUAUUUUUUGUGAAUCUAAUUGUGAAAUAUGAGUAUAAUAAAUAAAUAUGUAUUAACAAAA